AUGGGACGGCUUAUUCGUGUCCUAUCGCGGGCUACGGCAAAGCCAUAUAAAACUGCUGAGCUGGAAUUCGAAGAACGCCCGUACCUAAAUGAUGAUGGGCAUAUCGAUUUUAAACCCGACGAUAUUGAGAACCCGCAUAACUGGUCUACCCCUAGGCGCUGGUACGUGACAAUAUGCUCGGUUUUACUCGUUGUGAAUGCUACCUUCGCAUCGUCGGCCCCUUCUGGUUGCUUUGGUAGCAUAUCUGAAGAGUUUAAUAUUUCGGAAGAAGCGGCUGGACUCACUAUAACCCUUUUCCUCUUAGGUUAUUGCGCAGGUCCUCUCGUCUUUGCUCCCCUAUCGGAGUUCUACGGAAGAAGAUGGAUUUUCUAUAGUACCUUCUUGCUGUACAUCGCAUUCAAUUUCCUCUGUGCUUUCGCGCCAAACUUCGGGAGCUUGCUCGUUGGCAGAUUUUUAACAGGCACGUUCGUGAGCGCUCCGCUUAGCAAUAGCCCGGGUGUGCUUGCGGACCUAUGGGGUCCUGUUGAGCGCGGAUUUACGAUGGCUGUUUUCUCAUGCAUGGUUUGGGUAGGGCCAGCUCUUGGGCCAGUUGUCGGAGGGUUUCUUGAGCUUACGAAGAACUGGAGAUGGAGUUUUUAUGUUUUGUUAUGGCUCGGCGGCGCUACAGCGAUACCUAUGUUUACCAUUCCUGAGACUUUUGGCCCUAUGAUAUUGGUCCAUCGAGCUCGUCGCAUAAGGAAGGCUAAGAUCUUGGGUUACGAAAAUGUCAAGGCUCCGGUUGAAGAAAGCGACCGCUCAUUAUUAGGGAUCUACCGCGUGGCUCUCACGAGGCCGUGGAUUAUCCUUUUUGAUCCCAUCUCCUUCCUAUGUGCUGUAUACAUGUCUGUCGUGUACAUGCUGCUCUACAUGCUAUUCACCAUAUACCCAAUAGUCUUCCAGCAGAAACGAGGGUGGAAUGCUGGGGUUGGCGAGCUCCCCUUGAUUGGAACCGUGGUCGGGUCCUUCAUCGGGGCUAUCAUCGUCUUCUUCGAUUCUAAGCAUAAGACUAAAAAGAUGCAGAACGGGAUACCCCUAAAACCUGAGGACAGGUUAACUCUAGCUCUCAUUGGCGGCGUUCUUUUUCCGGCCACCAUGUUUUGGUUCGCAUGGACCGCAGAGUUUAAUUCUAUUCAUUGGAUAGUCCCAACGAUAGCUGGUGUAUUCUUGGCGACCUCGCUCAUGCUUAUAUUUGUCGGGUAUUUGAAUUAUCUGGUUGACACCUACUUGAUGUAUGCCGCGUCGGCUAUUGCUGUAAAUACUGUUUGUCGCUCAGCUUGCGGUGCUGCGGCGCCAUUGUUCACCAACUAUAUGUUCGAAGCGCUCGGCGUUGGAGGUGGAGGAUCCUUAAUCGGUGGUGUCGCGACAUUGUUAGCAGUGAUUCCAUUCGCCUUCUAUAAGUAUGGCGAACGUAUCCGUGCCCGCUCGAGGUUCGCACCCACCGGCCCCAAGAAGCCCGACGACGAGGAGGCGCAGCAAACUAAAGGGGAUAGGUCCGUAGCACCCAGUACAGACCUCUCGCCGCAGUUAUUAGAAUCGUCUAGUACGAUGACCGAUGAGGAGGUGCAUGAGACAGAGGUCGAGAAAAAGGAAAGUCGUGACGAUGUCCAGAAUGCGCUGGGAGAGCCCGAGAGAUGA